AUGCAAUCGGGUGGGGGUGGCCCCCUCCGGAAUCCGGGGUUUCCGGCCGGACGGGCGGCAUCGACGACAUCAGCUGCGGCGUCGCCGUCGUCAUCCUCAUCGGCGGUGUCAACGCCGCAUUUGGGGUUUGAUUCAAUGCAGCAGCAGCAACACCAGCAGCAGCAGCAGCUAGCGUCUAGGCAGUCGCUACAACAUCAAUUACUCAGGAAAUCUGAUGGAAACGAAGCCCUUUUAUCAUAUCAAGCUGGUGCUCUCCAAGGAGUAUUAGUUGGGAACAACUUUCCUCAGUCACCUGGUUCCUCACAUUUGCCUCAGCAAGCGAGAAAAUUCAUUGAUCUUGCUCAACAGCAUCAUAGUUCAUCUCAAGAGGGCCAAAACAGGAGCCAAGGUCUUGAACAGCAAGCACUGAAUCAUCCCAUGCAUCAAGCUUAUCUGCAAUAUGCUUUGGCUGCUCAGCAGAAGUCUGCGAUGGCAAUGCAAUCACAGCAUCAGGCCAAAAUGGGAAUUAUGAACCCUCAGUCUUUUAAGGACCAGGAGAUGCGAAUGGGAAAUCAGAAAAUUCAAGAACUCAUUCCCACUCAGGUCUCUAAUCAAGCAUCAACAUCUUUAUCUAAAAACUCAUCAGAUCAUUUUGUACGUGGUGAAAAACAAAUGGAGCAGGGACAACCAUCAACUUCUGAUCAGAGAGCUGAUUCAAAAUCUUCUAGUCAGCUUCCUGCCAUGGAUAAUUUGAUGCCUGUGAAUAUGACACGGCCUAUGCAGGCACCACAAGGUCAACCGGGAAUAAUAAACAUGACAAACAACCAGCUUGGCAUGGCUCAGUUGCAGGCGGUGCAAGCAUGGGCUCUAGAACGCAAUAUUGAUCUUUCACUACCUUCAAAUGUCAAUAUUGUUUCACAGCUUUUUCCAAUGCUCCAGCCUAGAAUGGUGGUUCCUCAUCAAAAAGCUGAAAACAAUAUGGGACCACAGUCAUCACCUGCUGCUGUCUCCAAACAGCAGAUCAAUUCUCUGUUUGCUGGGAAAGAGGCUUCUGCCCAUGCUAAUUCAUUAAGUGAUGUAUCUGGACAGUCAAGCAGCACGAAAGCCAGGCAGAUAGCUUCGACAAACCCCUUUGGUCAAAACAUGAAUGCCAGUGUUGUUAACAACACUAACCAUGCCAACAUUCAGCAGUUCAGCAUUCCUGGCAUGGAAAACCAGUUACCUUCUAGAUUACCAGUUUCUGGAAAUACAAUACCUCCAGUACAUUCUUCUGAAUCUUCUGGGAAUGUGAACCAAAACAUUGAACGUUCCCUUCAAGGAAAGACAUCGUUAGGUACCCAAGAGAAUUUGCAAACACAGUAUGUCAGGCAGGUGAAUCGAUCAUCUCCACAAACUGCUCUUCCUACUAGUGAUGGGGGUUCUAGCAAUUCAACCUUACCACUAAGUGGACACUCUAAUCAGACAGCACAACAGCGAUUUGGGUUCACCAAAAAUCAAUUACAUGUCUUAAAAGCCCAAAUUUUGGCAUUUAGGCGACUAAAGAAAGGAGAAGGUACAUUGCCACAAGAACUUCUAAGGGCUAUUGCUCCUCCACCCCUGGAUGUGCAGCAGCAGCAGCAGCAAUUUCCACCUCCUGGAGGUACUAGUCAGGAUAAACCGUCUGGAAAGACUGUGGAAGAUAUGGGGAAUGUUGAGGCUACUGAGAAGGACUCGUUGGCUCUUGCGUCGAGUAAUGGGCAUAGAUUUCCAAGAGAGGAAGUUUCAACUGGAGACGACAAAUCAAAGUUGUCAACUUCGGAUGUGCAACCUAUGCCCCUUGCAAUGAAGGAAACAGUACCUUUGGGAUCUUCCGGAAAAGAAGAGCAACAAACAUUGGUCUCUGUUAAAUCAGAUCAGGAAAUUGAUCGUGGUUGUCAAAAGCCUCCUGGUAAAAGUGAUUUUCCAGUAGAAAGGGGAAAGGCUAUUGCAAACCAAGCUGCUGUACCAGAUGUUACGCAAGCUAAAAAACCUGCGCCACCUAGUACACCCCAGUCAAAAGAUGUUAGUGCUGCUAGGAAGUAUCAUGGACCCCUUUUUGACUUCCCAUACUUCACUAGGAAACAUGACUCAUUUGGUUCAGCAAUGGCAGUUAAUAACAAUAACAAUUUAACGCUGGCUUAUGAUGUAAAAGAUCUUCUUUUUGAGGAAGGUCUAGAAGUUAUCAAUAAGAAGAGGACAGAAAACUUAAAGAAGAUAGGUGGUUUGCUGGCUGUCAACUUAGAGAGGAAAAGAAUCAGACCUGAUUUGGUAGUACGAUUGCAAAUUGAAGAAAAGAAGCUCCGACUUUUAGAUCUACAGGCACGUCUGAGGGAUGAAAUUGAUCAACAGCAACAAGAGAUAAUGGCAAUGCCUGAUAGGCCGUAUAGGAAGUUUGUGCGUUUAUGUGAGCGCCAACGUAUGGAGCUAACUCGACAAGUACAAGCCUCUCAGAAAGCCAUAAGAGAAAAGCAACUGAAAUCUGUCUUUCAGUGGCGUAAAAAACUUCUAGAGGCUCAUUGGGCCAUCCGUGAUGCUCGGACUGCACGUAACAGAGGAGUUGCCAAAUAUCACGAGAGAAUGUUGAGGGAGUUCUCCAAAAGAAAAGAUGAUGAUAGGAACAGAAGGAUGGAAGCUUUAAAGAAUAAUGAUGUUGAAAGAUAUAGAGAAAUGUUGUUGGAGCAGCAGACAAGCAUGCCUGGUGAUGCUGCUGAGAGAUAUUCUGUUCUGUCAUCAUUUUUGACUCAGACUGAAGAAUAUCUUCAUAAGCUAGGAAGCAAAAUAACUGCUGCCAAGAGUCAGCAGGAAGUGGCAGAGGCCGCAAAUAUUGCUGCAGCUGCUGCCCGAUUGCAGGGUCUUUCAGAAGAAGAAGUUAGGGCGGCAGCUGCUUGUGCAGGAGAGGAAGUUAUGAUAAGAAACCGUUUUAUGGAAAUGAAUGCUCCCAAGGAUAGUUCAUAUGUGAACAAGUACUAUAACCUUGCUCAUGCUGUGAAUGAGAGAAUCGUGAGGCAGCCCUCAAUGUUACGGGCUGGAACCUUAAGAGACUAUCAGCUUGUUGGGUUACAAUGGAUGCUUUCACUGUAUAACAAUAAAUUAAAUGGAAUCUUGGCAGAUGAGAUGGGUCUUGGGAAGACCGUGCAGGUAAUGGCAUUGAUUGCUUAUUUGAUGGAAUUUAAAGGGAACUAUGGCCCCCAUCUUAUAAUUGUCCCCAAUGCUGUUUUGGUCAACUGGAAGAGUGAGCUCCAUACUUGGCUACCAUCCGUAUCGUGCAUUUAUUAUGUUGGUGGUAAGGAUGAGCGGUCAAAAUUAUUUUCUCAGGAGGUUUGUGCCUUGAAAUUUAAUGUUCUCGUGACAACUUAUGAGUUUAUCAUGUAUGAUCGCUCAAAGCUUUCAAAAAUUGAUUGGAAGUAUAUUAUAAUUGAUGAAGCACAAAGAAUGAAGGAUAGGGAAUCAGUUCUAGCUCGUGACCUUGAUAGGUACAGAUGUCAGAGGCGCCUGCUCCUAACUGGGACACCAUUACAGAAUGAUUUGAAGGAACUUUGGUCGCUUCUUAAUCUGCUUCUUCCAGAAGUGUUUGAUAAUCGAAAAGCUUUUCAUGAUUGGUUCUCGAAACCCUUUCAGAAGGAAGGCCCCACACCGAAUGCUGAAGAUGAUUGGCUUGAGACUGAGAAAAAAAUUAUUAUUAUCCACCGACUUCAUCAAAUUCUUGAGCCAUUUAUGCUCCGUCGUCGUGUUGAAGAUGUUGAAGGAUCACUUCCACCGAAGGUUUCCAUAGUGUUGAGGUGUAGGAUGUCAGCCUUUCAGAGUGCUAUAUAUGACUGGAUUAAGUCCACUGGCACUCUUCGUGUUGAUCCAGAAGAUGAGAGACUGAGGGUUCAGAAAAAUCCGAAUUACCAGCCUAAGGUUUAUAAAACAUUGAAUAACAGAUGUAUGGAACUAAGGAAAACUUGUAACCACCCGUUGCUUAACUAUCCAUAUUAUGGUGACUUCUCCAGGGACUUCCUGGUAAGAUCAUGUGGAAAACUGUGGAUCCUGGAUAGGAUCCUCAUAAAACUUCAGAAGACAGGGCAUAGAGUACUGCUUUUUAGUACAAUGACAAAACUACUUGAUAUAUUAGAGGAGUACUUGCAAUGGCGGCGACUCAUAUAUAGAAGGAUUGAUGGAACAACUAGUUUGGAGGAUCGUGAAUCUGCCAUAGUGGACUUCAAUAGUCCUGACUCAGACUGCUUUAUAUUCUUGCUGAGCAUACGGGCUGCAGGUCGUGGUCUUAAUCUUCAGUCUGCGGACACAGUUAUUAUCUAUGAUCCUGAUCCUAACCCUAAAAAUGAGGAGCAAGCUGUUGCUAGAGCACACCGUAUUGGACAAACAAGAGAAGUCAAAGUCAUCUACAUGGAAGCAGUGGUUGACAAGAUCUCUAGUAAUCAGAAAGAAGAUGAGCUAAGAAGUGGUGGGUCAGGUGAUUUAGAAGAUGAUUUUGCUGGUAAGGAUCGAUAUAUGGGAUCUAUUGAGAGUCUUAUAAGAAAUAACAUCCAGCAGUAUAAGAUAGAUAUGGCAGAUGAGGUCAUCAAUGCUGGGCGUUUUGAUCAGAGAACAACACAUGAAGAGAGGCGCCUGACUUUAGAGACAUUGUUGCACGAUGAAGAACGAUAUCAAGAAACUGUCCAUGAUGUACCUUCCCUUCAGGAGGUGAAUCGGAUGAUUGCUAGAAGUGAAGAUGAGGUUGAACUGUUUGAUCAAAUGGAUGAAGAAUUUGAUUGGACAGAGGAAAUGACACGGUAUGAUCAGAUACCUAAGUGGCUUCGAGCAAGUACAAGAGAAGUAAACAAUGCUAUUGCUAAUUUAUCCAAAAAACCUUCAAAAAAUAUAUUGUUUGGUGGCACGUAUGGCUUGGAAUCCAGUGAAUUUGGCUCUGAUUCAUCCCUCAGAACUGAAAGAAAAAGAGGGAGACCAAAGGGUAAGAAGAUCCCCAAUUACAAGGAAAUGGAUGAUGAUAAUGGAGAGUUCUCAGAAGCAAGCUCCGAUGAGAGAAAUGGGUACUCUGUCCAGGAAGAAGAGGGAGAAAUUGCAGAGUUUGACGAUGAUGAAUAUAGUAGAGCUAUCGAGGCAACACAACUUAACAAGGAUCAGAUGGAAGAUGGUCCAGAUUGUGAUGCUAGAUAUGAUUACCCUCGGGCUUCAGAUAGUGCUAGAAAUAAUCAUUUGCUUGAAGAAGCUGGCUCUUCAGGCUCCUCUUCCAGCAGUCGAAGGUUGACACAGUUGGUGUCUCCUGUGUCUUCUCAGAAAUUUGGCUUCUUGUCUGCCUUAGAUGGAAGGCCUAGUUCCCUUUCAAAGAGACUGCCUGAUGAAUUAGAGGAAGGGGAAAUUGCAAUAUCUGGCGAUUCUCACAUGGAGAACCAACAAUCUGAAAGUUGGAUUCAUGAUCGUGAAGAUGGGGAAGAGGAACAGGUACUGCAACCCAAGAUAAAACGUAAGAGGAGUCUCAGGCUUCGGCCGCGCCCUCCAGCUGAAAGGCGAGAAGAGAAGAUAUAUAAUGAGUCCCAAUCACUUCAAUAUGGAGAUUCUUCAUCUCCUUCUCCGUUCGUAGCAGACCAUAAAUUUACCAAAUUUAAGAAUGAUCCCGAGGCUAAACCUUAUGGAGAUUCGAAUUCCUUGAAGCAUGAACAAAAUGAAUCAUCUUCAAAGACUCGGCGUAAUUUGUCUGCUAGAAGGAUGGCUCCUACAUCAAAAUUGCACUCUUCUCCUAAAUCUAGCAGAUUGAAUUCUUUGACCGGAUCUGCAGAUGAUGCCGUUGAACAUUCUAGAGAAAGUUGGGAUGGUAAACAAUUGAAUGCUGGUGGAAAUUCAGCUUUUGGUUCUAAGAUGCCUGACAUAAUCCAGAGGAGGUGCAAAAAUGUUAUCAGCAAGCUUCAGAGUAGAAUUGACAAAGAAGGGCAUCAAAUUGUGCCAUUGUUAACAGAUCUGUGGAAACGGAUCGGGAACUCUAGUUUAUCAAGUGGGGUCAGUAAUAACAUUUUGGAUCUACGGAAGAUUGAUCAACGCAUAGACAGAUUAGAGUACAAUGGAGUUAUGGAGUUGGUAUUUGAUGUUCAGUUUAUGUUGAAGGGAGCUAUGCAGUUUCAUGGGUUCUCAUAUGAGGUAAGAUUUGAAGCCAAAAAAGUACAUGACCUCUUCUUUGAUAUUCUGAAGAUUGCAUUUCCAGACACAGAUUUUCGAGAAGCUCGAAAUGCUCUGUCAUUCUCAAGCCCAGGGUCUUCUGCUGCUGCUUCUUUGAGGGAGAGACCUGCUAGCCAAAGCAAAAGACAGAAGAUGAUAAAUGAUGUGGACACCGACUCGGGCCCGCCGCAUAAAUCACUGCAUCGUGGACCUAUGUCCGGGGAAGAAACGAGGGCCACGAGAGGUCAUUUGUUGGCACAAAAAGAAUCAAGAUUUGGUAGUGGAAGUGGAAGUAAGGAUCAAUAUCAGAUAGAAGAACCCCCACUUCUUACUCAUCCUGGGGAACUAGUUAUCUGCAAGAAGAAAAGAAAAGACAGGGAAAAAUCAAUAGUUAAGCCAAGGACUGGAUCUGGUGGCCCAGUCUCGCCGCCUGGUGUUGCUCGUGGCAUUAGAAGUCCAGGUCCCGGUUCAGUUUCAAAAGACAGCAAACAAUCUCAACCCUCUGCACAUUCUCAAGGAUGGCCCAACCAGCCUCAAUCUGCGAACGGCAGCGGUGGACCUGUCAGUUGGGCAAAUCCUGUUAAGAGAUUAAGAACAGAUGCUGGAAAGAGGAGGCCCAGCCAUAUCUGACUCUAUAGGUUAGUAUAUGAAAUAGAGAUUUAAAAAUCGAGCUCAAGCGAUGAGGAUACUGGUGAGACCCCUAUCGUUUUGUAAAGGUGCCGACAGCUCGUGGUGUUAAUAAUGUAGGUCUUUGCUCUUCAAUGCAUUACAUAUAUAGAUCCUCCAAUGUUUUAUAUUAUUGAAAUACAUCUUUACAUCUUAUAGUUAGAUCUCUGUACUCUAAUGGCUAUAUCCUUCAAAGUUACUGUUGUAUUCAAUUAUGCCGAUUGAUAGCAACUCUGUUUCUUUGGCGCAAAUAUUGAAAAAAAAAGGGGGAAAAAAUAGUUGUAUUGGCCAUACAA